AGUGAUUCCUUUCCACCGUCUGCUUUCUCUCAACUAUAUGGCGACGAUUAAUAAGCACGAAGCUGAACGCCUAAGAGCCGUUGAUCUAAGCAUCAUCAACGGCGAUGUAGAAACAUCUAAACAUUUUGAAGAAGCCAACACAGUGAGCCUCGAGCCCAAGCCUGAGCCGUCGUCAGAACUCCCAUCAAUCUCAAUGUCUUUAGCUCCACCAUCUUCGUCACUGCGACCGCCACUGAAGAGAGCUUCGACUAAAGACCGUCACACAAAGGUCGAAGGAAGAGGCAGGAGGAUACGGAUGCCUGCCACGUGUGCGGCCAGGAUAUUCCAGUUGACUCGAGAGCUUGGUCACAAAUCCGACGGAGAGACGAUUCGGUGGUUGUUGGAGAACGCCGAGCCUGCGAUCAUCUCGGCCACGGGUACGGGAACUGUUCCCGCCAUCGCUAUGUCGGUUAACGGAACGUUAAAGAUCCCAACCACGUCGAACGCUGAUGCUGACGUGGCGGAGAAUCCGGCUAAGAAGAGACGUAGACGACCUUCGAAUAGUGAGUAUAUAGACAUAAACGAAACGGUCUCGGUUUCUUCCGGUUUAGCUUCGGUGUCCACCGUGGCUCAACAAACGCUGCCGCAAGGUAUGGUUCCGAUGUGGGCGGUUCCGUCAAACGCGGUGGCUCCGACGGUCGGAGGUUUCUUCCUUGUUCCACACGUUUCAGGCCCUCAUAUAUUAGCUUUUCCGGCGUUUCCUGCUGCUUCGCCGUCGUCUUACGUCGCUGCCGUUCAGCAGGCUUCUUUGAUGGCUAGACCACAUCGUCCUCAAGAUGUUGUAAACGUUACCGGUUCAGUUAUGGCUCCAAGCUCAAGCUCCGGUUUAGCAAAAGGAGGUUCGUCGUCUCCUACUACGACGAAGAAUAUGCUCAGAGACUUCUCGCUUGAGGUUUGCGAUAAACAAGAGCUUCACCAGUUCAUGACAACCACCUCUACAGCACGGUCGUUGAACCAGUGA